UAUAAAAAGUAAUUUAGAGAGAGAGGAUGUUGAAGAGCAAGGUGCUUAUUGUGGGGGGAACAGGGUACAUAGGAAAAAGGUUGGUGAAGGCAAGUUUAGAAGAAGGGCAUGAAACAUAUGUUCUUUAUAGACCAGAGAUUGGUGUUGACAUUGAGAAAGUUCAGCUUCUUUUGUCAUUCAAGGAACAAGGUGCUAACCUUGUAACAGGUUCCUUUCAUGAUCAUCAAUCCCUUGUCAAUGCUGUCAAGCUUGUUGAUGUUGUCAUUUCCGCCAUUUCUGGUGUUCAUAUCCGCAGCCAUCAAAUUCUCUUACAACUUAAGCUCGUUCAUGCUAUCAAGGAAGCCGGAAAUAUCAAGAGAUUUUUGCCUUCUGAAUUUGGGAUGGACCCGGCAAGAAUGGAACAUGCUUUGGAGCCAGGAAGAGUAACAUUUGAUGACAAAAUGGUGGUGAGAAAAGCCAUAGAAGAAGCUAAGAUACCACAUACCUAUAUUUCUGCUAAUUGUUUUGCUGGUUACUUUCUUGGUGGUCUUUGCCAACUUGGCGUCAUCAUGCCUUCAAGGGAUUCUGUGGUCUUCUAUGGAGACGGCAACGUCAAGGCUAUUACUGUGGAUGAAGAUGACAUAGCCAAGUAUACUAUUAAGACAAUAGAUGAUCCUAAAACUUUGAACAAAACAGUUUAUAUAAGGCCACCUAAAAACAUAUUAUCGCCGUUAGAAAUUGUUCAAACUUGGGAGAAGUUGAUUGGGAAAGAAUUGAAGAAAUCUUCAAUUUUUGCUGAGCAAUUUUUGAAUUCCAUGAAAGGAAAAUCAUAUGCAGAACAAGUGGCAAUGGUACAUUACUACCAUGUUUGCAUUGAAGGGUGUCUUGCAAAUUUUGAGAUAGGAGAUGGUGGAGUUGAAGCUUGUGAACUUUAUCCUGAAGUGAAGUACACUACUGUUCAUGAAUACAUGAAACGUUACUUAUAGAAUAAUGGGUUUGGUAUGGGAUGAAUAUAUAUUGAACUUAAUUAGUAACAAAUUAAAUAAUUAAUAAAUGUGUGUCAUGUAUGUCUUUAAGCUAAGCAAGAACAAAGUGGCAUAUUUUAUAUCUUCCAUGGAUAAUGAAAGGAAGGCGAAAGAGGAUCAACGUGUGAUGUUUUUAAAAUGGAAAAGAUCAUAU